AUGCAGAGGUCCUCGUGGAGAGCAAAGAAUGACUCCACACUUUGUGUGGUUCAGCCCAUGUCCAGGGUGACGAAAAACACCCCGCGGGUGUCAGUAGGAAUCGUACUGAACAAGGACACUCAUGUGAAUCUGAACAAUAAGAAUGAUCGCAAGGCCCUGGUGGCAGUGGACCCUGGCAAUCACACGGCCCCACGGCGCUGUGCCUGCACGGCCGGCUACCACUGGAACCCAGACUGCGAGUGCUGCCGCCGGAACAUGGAGUGCGAGCCUGGCUUCGGGGCCAAGCAUCCCUUGCGGCUCAACAUGGACACGGUGUGCACACCCUGCCUCCUGGGCUUCUUCUCAGAUGUCUUCUCAUCCACGGACAAAUGCAGACCCUGGACCAACUGUUCCCUCCUUGGAAUGCUAGAAGCACAGCCAGGGACGAAGAAAUCAGACACCGUCUGCAGCUCUUCCCUGACGCUGACAAAACCACCCAAGGAAGCCCAGAUUUACCUGCCCAGUCUCGUCAUUCUGCUCCUCUUCGUCUCCGUGGUGUUAGUUGCCGCCAUCAUCUUUGGUGUUUACUACAGGAAGGGAUGGAAAGCGCUGACAGCUAAUUUGUGGAACUGGGUCAAUGAUGCUUGCAGCAGCCUAAGUGGAAGUCAGGAGUCCUCGGGUGACUGUUGUGUUGGUACACACUCAGCAACCUCCGGUCAGCAAGAAGCAUGUGAAGGAGUGUUACUAAUGACUCUAGGGGAGAAGACGCGUCUAGAAGACAUGUGCUAUCUGGAAGGUGGUUCUGGGGUCUGUGGGCCUGUGUGUGCCGCAGGUGGGCCCUGUGCAGAGGGUGGAGAUGCCAGGAUGUUAACAUUGGUCAGCGAAGUCGAGAUCCAGGGGGACCUCUCGAGGAAGAUUCCCACGGAGGAUGAGUACACAGACCGGCCCUCACGGCGCUCCGAUGGUUCACUGUUCCUGACCCAGCCCGGGAGCAAAUCCACACCGCCUUUCCAGGAGCCUCUGGAAGUUGGGGAGAAUGACAGUUUAAGCCAGUGUUUCACAGGGACGGAGAGCACGGCUGAGUCUGAAGGCUGCAGCUUCCUUGCGCCCCCAUGCAGAACUGAUUGUAUCCCUUUGUCCCCUGAAAAGUACUUGAAAAGAGAAAUAGAGGAUGCCAGUUGCCUGCCCUGGGUGGCCAGCUCCAACUCAGCAGACGGCUUCGCGGGCUGCGGAAACACUCCUGGGGAGGACCACGAGCCGCUUCUGGGUUCUCUGAAAUACGGACCCUUGCCCCACUGUGCCUACAGCAUGGGCCUUCCCAGCGAAGCAGCAGCCAGUAUGGCAGAGGCAGGAGAACAGCCCCAGGACAGGGCUGAUGUAAAGCUUCCAGGCUCGGAGAGGGGAGCCUCGGGGUCUGGGGGUUCCCCCAGUGACCAGCCACCUGUAUCUGGGAACGUGACGGGAAACAGCAAUUCCACGUUCAUCUCUAGCGGGCAGGUGAUGAACUUCAAGGGCGACAUCAUCGUGGUGUACGUCAGCCAGACCUCGCAGGAGGGCCCGGGCCCUGCGGAGCCGGAGCCGGAGCCGGAGCCCAUGGGCCGCCCGGUGCAGGAGGAGACGCUGACGCGCAGAGACUCCUUCGCGGGCACAGCUCCGCGCUUCCCCGACACGCGUGCCACCGGGGCCGGGCUCCAGGAACAGGGCACAUUCGGGACCAAGGAAGGGACAUCGCAGCCCGUGCAGGAGCAGGGCGGGGCGCAGGGCUCACGCCGUACCCUGGGCUCUGGACAAUGUGCAGAAUGACCCCUGAAUCCUCUGCCUGCCCUGGGCACAGAGCACCAGGGCUUUCACUAAACAGAUGUGUCCUGGCUAUCACUGCACACCUCCUCGCAGCGGCCGACUGCUGGUGUGGUGGUGAAGCCCCUCACUUCCCGUGCCUCUCCUCUGCUUUCCACCACCUGGUGUCAUUCAGUUUGGCUUUUUUUUUUUUUUUUGGCAACGUUGGUGUCCUACCUUAUUGAGGUCUGUACCCCACCCUAGUAUUUAUAUUUCACUUGCUUUUGUAGUGUGCUUCUUGAUGCUGUCUCUUCUUUCUGUCUCGACUAUUUAAGGGUUUUUGUUUUGUUUUUUAUUUUAUUUUAUUUUUGACAAUUCUGAAGGUGCUGUCUCCUUUACAUUAUUUUGCACUCCAUCCUCCAGCAGUCUGGCACGGGCUUCUGCCAGUGUCCUCCAAGCACUUUUGGGAAUAGGCCAGAUUGUAAAGCUGGGGUCUGAAGUGCAAGAAAUGAGUAGAGGGAUUCUUCUUUUCUGGAAAUAUUCUGUGUCUCAAGUUUUUUUCUCAAAAGAAGGGAGAACCUGCCCCGCCCCCCCCAACAACAACAAGCAAGCUUGUCAGAUUGCAUAGAUAGAUCCUUGAGAACUAAGUUCAGGGUGUGUGGCCUUGUUUUGUACCUGUUUUGUUUUGUUUGUUUCUUGUUUUGUUUUCUUUUGCCACAGUGACAGGUACUUGGCCACUAAUCUCAAAGAAAAAAAAUCUAGCCUUUGUGGUUUGGCAUUCUUAAUUUUAUAUGAUUUAAAUGCUGUCUAGAAAAGGUGGAAAGGGUGAAUAGAACAUGGGACCAAAGGAAAAAAAAGAAGGUACCAGGGAAAUUCAAGAAAGAAUGUUGCUGGGCGGUGGUGGCGCACACCUUUAAUCCCAGCACUCGGGAAGCAGAGGCAGGUGGAUCUCUGUGAGUUUGAGGCCUGCCUGGUCUACAGGAGCUAGUUCCAGGAUAGACACCAAAGCUACAGAAAAACUCUGUCUGGGGGGGGGGAGAAAGCCCCCACCCCAAAAAAAGAAGAAAAGAAAGAAUGAAUAAAAUUGACGUGCUGAUUUGCGUAAUCUCUUUCUACAGAAGGAUGUUAGAAAUGUGUUUAGGCAGUAGGCCCUCUUUUCUUCCACAGUAUUUGUGCAUGAGUUAUUCAGUUUUAUGGAAGUAAAAAAAGCCCACUGUGUGUGUGUGUGUGUGUGUGUGUGUGUGUGUGUGUGUGGUGUUUGUGUGUCGCUUGCGCAUUUAAGUUACAGACCAGGAGAUCUAGAGAGUUGAUUUGCCGUUAAGAAGGCUGAGAGCCUCAGUUCAGUACCCAACCCUCCUGGGCAGCUCACAGCUACUGUAACUCCAGCUCCAGGCCUCCACAGGCAACUGCACAUAUGUGCAUAUAAAAACUCAAAUUUCCAUGACACGACCGUAAGAAAAUUAAUUAUCCUACAGUGAUUUUCUUUUGGCGUGGCCCUUUUGCAAUGAAGCAGUUAAGACUGAACGUGGCCACUGGAUGGGUUUACCACGAGAGCUGGUUCUCAGAUACUCCAGAAGGGCUAAGGCAAGCACUUAAGCAGACUGCACGCAGCUUUGUAAUCCGAUAGGUUGUGGGCCUGUUAAUGACAGUCACCGUACAGCCACGGAUACCCAGCUGAACAGAAGGCCCAUCUGUCGCCGGCUUCCCCGGAGAUCACAGCAGUUGAUUGUGAUUUGAAUGCGGAAGCAGAGAAUGGCUCUGUAACUUGUGGGCUCUUUCUCCGGGAAAUAAGUGCCGGGCUGGGAUGUGCAGUGAUCGAAUUCUGUUAAUCUCCUCUGAAGAGAGAUGCGACUCAAUUCAACAAAACCAUCAUACCUUUUAGUGAGGAAUGUAUUAAAUAAACCCCACAAAGUGGGGUGCAGAGCUAAACACCCACCUCCACUGUCACCAUCUCUCUGAACCAACUUCACCUUUGUAUUUCCGUUCUUCCCUGUACAAAGCCAAUAAUGAUAACUUAACAUCAUUUUCCUCCCCAGAGAUAUCAACAGGAUGCUUCAGUGAAGUUAAAGUACCUUGAACUCCUAAAAUCAAAGUACUAAGGGCAUUAAGAAUCUACUUUGUGGCCGGUGGGGGGGAGAUAUGGUUCCCCACACAGUGGUCCCCACUAAUGUUGUUAUAUUGGUUCAAAGCCAACCGAAUGACAGGAAAUACAUGACGAAGACAGAUAUAUGCAUGUGUGUAGUCAAAUGUUUGUGACAAGUAUAAACAAUAUAAUGAAAAAUGUUUCAAUGACCUGGUAAA